UUUUAACCUAAAAUGUUUUUGGUGGCAAGCGAUAACGAUUCCUCUUUUAGAUGACCGGUCCGGCUGUUGCUGUUGGACGGUCACAAUCGCGCACGUGUGAUCAGUCAUUGGCGUGGACGUUUCACGUGCAGCUGAUGUUUCAAUAAACUCACACCAGUCUGUGACAUUCACCAUGACAGACACCCCACUAACCAUUCCAUACGCCUUUGAUCGCCCAAACGCUACGGGAACAGCAAUAUUUCGUCUCCCUGCGUCUGCAAUAACCCACGCUUUCACCAACCUAUCUUAGUCCCCUCCAAAUCUAUUCCUUCGUCCUUCGCCUUCUCUUCCAACUCAAAAUUUUUCGCCAAAACCACAAGAAUGUGCUGAUAAAAAAAUAGAAAUAAACAAAAAAAGGAACAAGGUUCUAAUGGCAAAUUGGAUCUCGUCCAAGCUCAAAGUCGCUGAAACUCUCCUUCAACAGAUCGAUCAGCAAGCGGCGGAGUCGCUUGGGAAGAAUGAGAAGCCACUAUCCGAUGAGAUUACAUUGGAUACUCCAACGAAAACCAGUGGGGUUGUAUCUUUAAAGGAUCAAUUAAAAAAGAAAUCACAAGAACAUAAUGAUUAUCAUGGCAAAUUGUUCAAUGAUCCCAAUGCUAACUUAUCUAGUAAUAAUAAUAGUAAUAAUUCAGUUAAUAUUUCGAAUCCAGACAAAGAGGUUUCGAGCACGAAAGAUUCAUCCAAACCUAAGCCCACACUUACAGAUAGUGAUUGGACUGAACUUCUUAGUACACCUAGUCAGGGGACGAGCUCUAGUAAUGGGGUGUCUGGGAUUCGGGGCUUGAGGAAAGAUGCUAGGAGGAGAGGAAAUGUGGGAUCUAAUUUGUCACUGCUGGAAGGGAAGAGGAAUCAAAAGAGUAAUGUUAAUGUUAUUAAGUCUGUGAGGAGAUCAGAUAUUGUUUUGGGAAAUAAGUCGAAUGGGAAGCCGAGUGAUGGUGAAGAAUCAAGCUCUUCUGGUAGGCCUUCUAGUGUUGAUAUACAUAAUGAUGGUAAGAAUUCGGAGGGGUUGGAGUUGGAUCACAAGGACACUGCUACAAGCUUUAUGCUGAAACUGAAAGAUGAAACAGAUGAUGAAAAUGGUUGGAAAUUGGAUUCUAAAGGCCUUUCUUCCGAUGUGGAAGGGUUUUCGCGGGCCAUAAACAAGAACCAUUCUUUCCAAAAGAUGUUGGAAUUGGGAGAAGUUGAUGGGGUACCUGAAGUGAAGAUAGGAAUGGCUGAUGGUCAUGAUCAAUUGAGAACUACUGUAAGUGGGAAAUCCAAGUCCAUUGGUUCAUCCAGAAGUCCAGUCUCGGAUGAUGUAAAAAGGGGCUCUCAGCCCACAAGUGAUGGAAGCUCUGAUUCAGAUUCUGGUUCUGAUUCAACGUCUGACUCUGAAAGUGAACAUGAGAGGGAGGAAAGGAGGAGGAGGAAGGAGAGGAUUUUGGCUGAGCGAGCAGCCGCUAAAGCUGUGGAAGCUAUCAAAGAACGAGAGAAUAUGGUUGCCAGAUUGGAGGGAGAAAAGCAGAGCUUAGAGAAAAUACUUGAGGAACGAGCCAAACAACAAGCACAAGAGGCUUCAGAGCUGCAGACAACUACAAUGGAAAUGAUGGAAGCUGUUGAGUUAGAAAAGCAGAAACAUAAUAAUACUAGAAUGGAGGCCCUCCAACGUUUGGCUAAGCUAGAGACGACAAAUGCUGAUCUUGCAAGAUCACUUGCUAUUUCACAGAAGAAACUUGAAGUAGAGAUUAAUAGGGUAGCAGAUCUCCGACAACAAAUUAAGCUGGAAGAAGCAGCCCAUGAAGAACUCAAGAGGAGGAUCUCCAGUAGUCACCAAAGUGGAACUUAUCUAAACCAAUUAUCAAAGGGAAUUGAAUUUGGACGUGAAAUCCUUGAGGCAGAGUACUCUCUUGUCACUGAUAAAAUUGGACAAUUGCAAGACAAGGCAAGACAACUGGAAGCAAGCAUUGAAUCAACAAGAAAAGAGGUGGAGAACCCAACAGAAGUAGAAGUUGAGCUGAAGCGAAGGCUUGGACAGCUGACUGAUCAUUUAAUUCAGAAACAAGCCCAGGUUGAGGCGCUCUCCUCAGAGAAGGCAACUUUGUCGUUUAGAAUUGAGGCAGUUUCAAGGAUGCUGGAUGAAAGCAAGUUCAUGAAUAUGAGUAAUGCGCCGUCAAGUGAUUUGGAAUCAGGAAUAUGGAAUCUUUCUGAUUCAAAGCUUAAGCCUCUCUUUGAGGACAAAUUUCGUUCUGGCAAACAGCAACUUGGAUCAAUGCUUAGGCAGUUGGAUGCUAUUUUUGUGGCUGGUGCAAUAUUCUUAAGAAGAAAUGCAACAGCAAAACUAUGGUCCCUGGUCUACCUGGUAUGCCUUCACUUUUGGGUCAUAUAUAUUCUAAUGUCACAUUCCCGACCAUCAGACGAGGGAAGAUCGGGUGCUGUUAUAUCCUUGGAAAACAUCAACAAAACUGCAGGUGUAUAAUUUGCAAUUUAUGUAUUUCUUGAUCUCAACUUUUGAGAAGUCUUUAUGUGUAGGGCGUAAUUUGUGCAGGUUUUCCCCAGAAAUCUCAAACAAAAUUAUUAGGAUUAUUAUUCAAAUAUUAGUAACAAAAUAUACAUGUUAAUACAGAAUUUGGUUCCCUAUAAAAUGUCAAAUUCGUUUAAGAUUCUUGCUUUUUCUCAUC